AUGGGCGAGAUUCCGCUGAACAUGCGGAGAACUUACACCAAGACCGAGAACAAGAACGGAGAGAGAGUCGUGACCACUGUCUCGGUGGUAAGAACCGCGGGAUACGACCCAUUCACACACAUUCCACGGCAUUCAUGGGAGAGCAACGGAGUCGAUGAGCCUCGGAAUCUGCAGGGCGUGCCUCGGCUUGUCGAGCAGAGCAAGGAUUUUGAGAAGCGCGCCCUCGAGCGACACAAUCAUUAUCGAGCCACGCAUGGAGUACCGCCUUUGAAAUGGUGUACGAAGUGUGCGAGCCAUGCACGGGAGCAUGCUCAGCGGAUGGCGAGGACUGGGAAGUUCGCCCACAGUGGAAACCCCAAGCUCGGUGAGAAUCUUUUCAGCAGUACCAGCAGCGGACAGCUAUCGGUGUCGGCCGAAAGAGCUAUCGACGCUUGGUAUGGAGAAGUCCGAGAAAUGAGAUUCGGAGAAGCCAUUCCACGCAAUCUCAGUCGCGUCGGCCAUUUCACCCAGAUUGUUUGGAAGGAUACCAGUCACGUGGGGAUGGCUUUUGCUAUCGGCGGCAACACGGUCUACGUAGCAGCGAACUAUACGUGUCGAGGAAAUGUCAUCGGCGAGUUCCAUAGACAGGUCUUCCCACCGAAAAAUUGGAAAGGACAUUAAAUAGUUGAUGGUUCAUUGUGGUUAUCUGUGUAGGUUGAGAGGAUCGGUUGAGAGGACUGAGGUUAUUGCACUCCGUCCCUGACUCGCAAGGGAAGGGUUCCUAUGAGCGGUUCUGAGGAUUAUAUUAUCAUUAGAAAUAGAAAACAGUUUCUGAUCCGGUCAAAC